CCUUCCAUGGCAGGGUCUAAAAGCUGAUACCAAGAAGCAAAAAUACGACAAGAUCCGUGAGAAAAAAGUAUCAACACCAAUUGAGGUUUUAUGCAAAUCUCUUCCAGUGGAGUUUGCUUCAUACUUGCAUUAUUGUCACUCUUUAACAUUUGACCAGCGCCCUGAUUAUGGAUUCCUGAAGCGCUUGUUUCGUGACUUAUUUACUCGUGAAGGGUAUAAAUUGGAUUAUGUGUUUGAUUGGACCAUCUUGAAAUAUCAGCAGACGCAGAGCUCUAGGUCGCAGCUAGAACUACCAAGCCUGCAUCCACUUUCUGUAACGACUGGCACUGGAGCAUUGCCAAAGGUUUUAAAUAAGCAAGGAUUUAAUAAUGCCACGCACUUAGCUGAAGCUACAAAGCAGAAGGUAUCAGGUAGUUUUGGACGUGGUGAUGGAUCAGCAACCUAUCUGAAACCUGAUAAUCGUACUGGAAAAAAUAUAACAACCGAUGCUUCUGUUCCUUCUACAUCGUUGGCUGAUGCCUUCAAGAGAUUCACAAAACACGAAGAUUCAAUUGAAGCUGGAAAUGUAGGGCAUGCACAGAGUGGAAAAACUGGUGCUUCAAGCAGCAAGCUGCAUUUCUUAAGCAGGAUUUCUUCAGCCAAGUAAACUGGGAUGAUACUUAUUUGACGGGAGAAGUGCAGAAGUCGUCUAAUGUCUACUUCGUGAAGUUGAAUUCACUUGAGCCUUGUGUACCACUAAUGUACCUAUCUCGAGGUGACUAUGAAGUAUAAAGCAUUGGAUGUUGCUGAAAGAUGGCCUAUCAAAGCUUGGUUGUCUUUUUUAGUUUUCUUUGUCUUGAAUAAUGGGACAUUAAGCCAGCUACAGUUCACUAUUAAAUGAUGUGUAAAGUGGUUCUUUCAUUCAUUUUCUAAUUGCGCAUAAAAGUGACAUUCAAAUGUUUGUUUGCUGUA